AGCACCCUCAUCACUCCAAAACACGCCUUUAAAAUCUCAAAGAACAGAGGGUGAAAUUGUCAUUUCACAUACAAGCUGUUAUCUUCCCGCGAACCGCGUUUGCCUCUUCUAACAAACUCCGGCUACCUUUUUCCUCUCUCUGUAUUUUACCGAUGGCUUCCAUAUCAGCCGUUGGAUCUCUCCCGAAUUUCUGCACUUGGAAAGCUUCUUCUUCGAAGGGUUUGAUUUCGAACAGAAGACUGCAGAAGCUUCUGCAGCGGCACUCCGAUUCAAAUGAUGCGACUGUCCCAAUGGGUGGCAGAGAGAUUUUUGACAGAAGGAAGGUGCUGUUGCUCUCGACCAUCGGGAUUCUUGCUGGGGGCUUGCGACAUGCUGCAGAGGAUGGAAUGGCAAUAGCAUCUGAAUUUGCAGAUAUGCCGGCACUUCGUGGGAAGGAUUAUGGGAAAACAAAAAUGCGGUAUCCUGACUAUACAGAAACACAAUCAGGUCUUCAAUACAAGGACUUGAGAGUAGGCAGUGGUCUUACGGCAAAGAUGGGGGAGACAGUAGUGGUUGACUGGGAUGGUUUUACAAUCGGAUACUAUGGCCGCAUUUUUGAAGCUCGAAACAAGACGAAGGGUGGUUCAUUUGUGGGUGAUGACAAAGAUUUUUUCAAAUUUACACUUGGAUCUCAGCAGGUAAUUCCGGCUUUUGAGGAGGCUGUUGUAGGCAUGGCUCCAGGCGGUGUUAGAAGGUGUGAAAGAGGAAAGUUGAGCUUCUGCUGUAGCUGGUUUUGGUGAGUCUUUGGGUAAAAGAGGAAGGUUCAUAUCCAGCGGGCAGCUGAUCGUAGAACACCUUUUUUUUUUUUUUUUUGUAUAUCUACAAUUUAAAAGCCAAUUCCAAUUGCUGGGCAAAGGCUAAGAAGACGAUGAUGAUGACAAUGAUGUCUUGGGAGUUUUUGUACCAUCCAUCUCUUUUUUCACUUUCUUUGGCUGUUAUGCAUGUGUUUUUGUGUCUUUCAUCGCAUCUGUUACAAAAUAUAGCAACAGGAUUCUCAUGCGCCGAAAAUGGGGAUAUUAGAGGCAUGCUUUCAUGCAAGUGAUGAUAUAUGCAU